AUGGAAGCCUCUCCUUUGAAGGACACAAGCUUAAAGCUGUCUGACGAUGAAGUGCAUAUAUUGACACCAAUUCCUAAGAGAGCUUUUUCCCUGCAAGCUUCCCCAUUUUCCCAAUCUGUACUUUCUUUGUCCCCAAUAGGGGCAUUGCCAUCUCAAGCUUCUUUUUAUAACCAGCUGUAAAUUCUAAUCAGUAAUUUUACCCCAAAAACCUUAUGGGCUCCAAUCGGUAACCUAUCUCCUCUUAAUCAAGAAGACUCAAGGCUUGAUUUAAUAUCAACCUCGACCCGCUUUAUUCAAAAGCUGGAUUUUUCCAAAGUUAUUGACGGCAAAGCUCGUUUUCGAGCAAGCUCACUAACUGUUGAAGUUAACGUACAAGACGAAAUCAAAGAUGAUAAGGCCAAGUUUUUUUAAAAAUAAUAUAUAAAGGUAUUUUCUAGAUAAAUAAUUAAAAAAUUUAAUAAAAAAUAAGAAUUUUUCUAUAUAAAUUAUUUUAAGCCCAAUGAUAGCAUACUACUUACUUCAUUAUCGACCUCAAAACCUAAAAAGCGCCCGCGAAACGAAAUUAAAAUAGAAACCAAGACUUGUUGUAAUUGCCAAAAAUCCAGAUGCUUAAAAUUAUACUGUGACUGCUUCGCAGCAGGAUCUUACUGUGAAGGCUGCAACUGUGUAGAAUGUUAUAAUGUUUUUGAGCACGAAAACAUAAGAGCAAGUCACAUUAAUGCAAUUUUAGAAAAAAAUCCGAAAGCGUUCAAGCCAAAGUUUAAAACUCUUUUAAUAAAAGGAGAGUCUAAGGCUGUACAUAACAGAGGCUGCAACUGCACAAAAUCAGCCUGUUUGAAGAAUUAUUGUGAAUGCUUUCAAAGAGGAAUUAUAUGCGGGGAGAGUUGCCAAUGCUCUGGGUGCCAGAAUGACGUGCCUUGUGCAAAGAAAAAAAAUCAAGUUGAUAAGGCAAUUAUCUCGUAA